AUUCAUUCACAGGACUCAUAAACAUAAUGACUGACAUCAUUUGGCGCUACACUGGAGAUUUCAUGGCUCCUGAUGUCGUCUGCAGAGUUGUUCGCUACUUCCAGGUGGUCCUUCUAUACGCCUCGACUUACGUCCUCGUGUCACUAAGCAUAGACCGGUAUCAUGCCAUAGUUUACCCAAUGAAGUUCUUGCAAGGAGAAAGACAAGCGAAAGUUCUUAUUGGAGUGGCCUGGGGUCUCUCUUUCCUGUUUUCUGUACCAACUCUGAUUAUUUUUGGGAAACGGAAGCUCUCCAAUGGGGAAGUGCAGUGCUGGGCUCUCUGGCCUGAUGACUCCUACUGGAUACCCUACAUGACGGUGGUGGCUUUCCUGGUGUACUUCAUUCCUCUGAUCAUUAUCAGCAUCGUAUACUUAAUUGUGAUUCGGACUAUCUGGAUGAAGAGCAAAGCUCAGGCUGUCAUCAUAUCCAGAUGCCCUGGUGGAAAAACCUCUGCUGGCUACACCAGUCGUGGGUUCAUAUCCAGGGCGAAAGCGAAAGCGAUCAAGUACAGCAUCGUAAUUGUCCUUGCAUUUGUUCUCUGCUGGAGCCCUUACUUUCUUUUUGAUAUCCUGGACAACUUCAACAUACUCCCUGAGACCAAAGAGCGCUUCUACGCAUCCGUGAUCAUUCAGAACCUGCCAGCCUUGAACAGUGCCAUCAACCCCCUCAUCUACUGCCUCUUCAGCAACCGCCUCUGCCCUCCUUUCGAGUAUUGCUCCUUUGCUAUCGCUCUGACUACCCCCUAA